UUUCCAGCGGAGUUGCGGCGGCCGCGAGGUUCCCGGCAGUGCGGCCCCGGCGCGGAGCUGGGAGCCUCGGCCAGCGCCCGGCGCCCGCGCCCCCGACACGCAGCUAUGGUGCCCGGGGCGCCCCUGACCCUCUGCCUCUGGCUGGCGGCCUCCGGGGGAUGCCUGGCGGCCGGCUCCGGCGCGACGGCCGCCCGGCGGCUGGACGAGUCGCUGUCGGCCGGGAGCGUCCAGCGCGCCCGCUGCGCCUCCAGGUGCCUCAGCCUGCAGAUCACGCGCAUCUCCGCCUUCUUCCAGCACUUCCAGAACAACGGUUCCCUGGUUUGGUGCCAGAAUCACAAGCAGUGUUCUAAGUGCCUGGAGCCCUGCAAGGUGUCCUGGGACCUGCGGAAGCAGCAGUGCCAGAGCUUCUGUGAGCCUCUGUUCCCCAAGAAGAACUAUGAAUGCCUGACCAGCUGUGAGUUCCUCAAGUACAUCCUGUCGGUAAAGCAGGGGGAUUGCCCAGCUCCCGAGAAGGCCAGUGGCUUUGCCGCCGCCUGUGUCGAAAGCUGUGAAGUGGACAGUGAAUGCUCUGGGGUUAAGAAGUGUUGUUCCAAUGGAUGUGGACACACCUGCCAGGUGCCCAAGACUCUGUACAAAGGUGUCCCCCUGAAGCCCAGGAAGGAGUUACGAUUCACAGAACUGCAGUCCGGGCAGCUGGAGAUUAAGUGGUCCUCAAAAUUCAACAUUUCAAUUGAGCCUGUGAUCUACGUGGUACAGAGAAGAUGGAAUUAUGGAAUCCAUCCUAGUGAAGACGACGCCACGCAUUGGCAGACGGUAGCCCAGACCACGGAUGAGCGGGUCCAACUGACCGACAUACGGCCCAGCAGGUGGUACCAGUUCCGCGUGGCAGCCGUGAACGUGCACGGGACCCGAGGCUUCACCGCCCCCAGCAAACACUUCCGCUCUUCCAAAGAUCCAUCUGCACCACCGGCCCCAGCCAACCUCCGGCUUGCAAACUCCACCAUCAACAGUGACGGAAGCGUGACUGUGACGAUCGUUUGGGAUCUCCCCGAGGAACCAGACAUCCCAGUGCAUCACUACAAAGUCUUCUGGAGCUGGACGGUCAGCGGCAAGUCACUUGUGCCAACGAAGAAGAAGAGGAGAAAGACCACGGGUGGGUCUCAGAAUUCUGUGACCCUGGAGCCACUGCAGCCUGACUGCGACUACACAGUAGAGCUGCAGGCUGUCACCUACUGGGGCCAGACGCGCCUCAAGAGCGCCAAGGUCUCCCUCCAGUUCACGUCCGCACACGCCGUCCACAGCAAAGAACAACUUGGGAAAACUAGGAAAAGUGUGAUGCAAAUACAGCCUCCGUUUCAAAGACGACGGCCCACUCGCCUCCUGGAAAUCGGAGCUCCGUUCUAUCAAGACAGCCAGCUGCAAGUGAAGGUGUACUGGAAGAAGACCGAAGAUCCCGGAGUCACUCGGUAUCAUGUGCAGUGGUUUCCGGAAGUCUGUGCCCACAACGAAUCCGCCGGGGCGGAGGCGUCCUCGGGCGUGACCCAGGAAAAUUACAUGAUUCUUCAAGAUCUGGCAUUUUCCUGCAAAUACAAGGUGACCGUCCAACCCACACGGCCAAAGGGCCGCCUGAAAGCAGAAACCGUUUUCUUUACGACCCCACCGUGCUCCGCUCUGAAGGGCAAAAGCCACAAGCACGUCAGCUGCCCCCGCGACGCAGGUCACGUUCAUUCCAAAGUGCAAGCCAAACCCGAGAACCUGUCGGCCUCCUUUGUGGUCCAGGACACGAACGUCACGGGGCGCUUCUCCUGGCAGCUGAGCAAGGCCACCGUCCAGCGGCCCGUGACUGGCUUCCAUGUGACGUGGGCCGAGGUCACGACCGAGAGCAGGCAGAACGGCCUUCCCAACAGCCUCAUCCUGCAGUCCCAGAUCCUCCCGGCGGAUCGCUCCGUGCUCACGGUGCCAGGUCUGCGGCCGGCCACCCUCUACCGUCUGGAGGUGCAGGUGCUGACCGCGGGCGGGGAGGGACCCGCCACCAUCAGGACCUUCCGGACCCCCGACCUCCCACCCUCGGCUGUGCACAGACCCCACCUGAAACACCGUCACUCACCCCAUUACAGGCCUCCUCCAGAAAGAUACUGACCUGUUCCCGGAGAUGUCUGAACCCCGAGCGAGCGUGUAAGCUCGCAGAGCUUCGAGGACCGGCCGCGCCCGCUUACGGGGGCACCAGGCCUUUCCCAUAGGACCUCCCGCCCCAUCUAACUUUACUGCACUAAACGCUUCUGUCUGUCUCGGACGCGCCUGGACACCAGGGACAAGUGGUGAGACGGUGGACGUGGACACAGUUUCCUGUGAGCAUGGAGAGAACACGAAGGCCAGGCCUGUUUCACUGCAAAAUCUGUUUCCAUACAUGGUUUAGCUAUGAUCUCAAGUGAAUUACUGCAGACCUGAGACUUCCCUGAAUUUAGAGCGGCAAAUUCUCAAGAGACACCGGCGUAACAAAUACACAGUUUAUACACGUAAUAAGCAUGCUAAGCGUACACAUAGUAAGCGUCACGGUACUCAAUAAACAUUUUAAAAUUAAAUUAUUGGUUUGGUUUGCAAAAUCGACUGAAGACUAUACGGUUUUUUGGCCCUAUUUAUUCAAAUACUUCUUAAGACGAUUUUUUAUCACGUGAUUUUUUAGCUGAAAACUUGUGACCUGAAAUAUGCCAAUUAAUUUAGACUUAAAAUGUUCCCACUUCCAGCACCUAAGCUUCAUUUCCUACAAAGGCAAAGAAGAGCGCAGCCUGUCAAUGAGGGUUUAGGGGAGACAUCCACAGCAGAAAGGAGUCAGUGCCUUACGCUGCUAUCCAGAGUCUGCCUUGGAGAAACUAAAAGUCUUUUCUGGGGAUGCUUUUUAACAUUUCAUCCUGUACUGUGAGAGAUUUCCCUGAUACGCUACUUACGCUUUUCCUUAAUGUGGGAAACGGCUGCUGACGUGCUUUGCUUUGCAGCUUUCAUGUACCUAAGACUUUGCAAAACCUCUUGCUUGAAAUGAAGGAAUCCCAACGAUUGAAUAUUUUCAAAUCUUCACUGAGAUUUGCCUUUUCUUAACGAAAGCAAGCUCUUGACGUGGUAGAAUACUGUCCGUAAUGUAGAAAAGGCGGAAGGGCUUUGGUUGGUGGAGAAGGACAGCUACUUGCCUUUGACUAACCUUCCUUUACUCCUACAGAUGUAUUAUUAUACCUUAUUUGAAAAAUUUCCCAGGUUCCACGCUAAGCCCUCAGAGCAUGAACGCAAGUCAAACACGUUGUCAGUAUACAGUAUGCAGGGUAUGUCGCGGCAGCCUUAAACCAGAAAUGUUUAGUUUAAUAUAGUUUUUUCCUCGAGGGAAUACCCAUAUGUACGUUUUGAAACAGGCACGUAUGUAUGUGCGUCUGUGUGCUUCCGUGUGUAUACAUAUACACAUAGGCGCAAGCACACAUACACACACUCAGAGACUCACACGUACACACACAUACACCUUGAGGACGCAUCUCUGAAGAAACUGUUUUUCCAGCUCAGCAAUGGUGGAUAAAGACACAGUUCUCCUACAGAUCAUUAGGGUCAUCUAUUUUCCCCGUCAGUAUUGACACUAUGAGAAAAGAGCAACUUAAAAAACUGAACAUUUUAAAGGCUAGGCCUCCUCGUUUCAUGACCUACACAAGUAAAACAAGGAAAUUUUCAGUACCCUUUCCUUGGGUUUUCACGGUGGGACUUGGAACUGGUCGUUUUGUUACGUUUCCUGAGAGCCUGCGGGCGCCCUGACUGCUCCUGGUGGGGUGAAGAGGAGAGAGAACGUGUUGGCUUUUGUGAGGCUUCCCACUCUAAGAGCGGAAGCCAUGCAGAACGCAGACAGACUCUGUUACCAAAUCGAUGCCUAGCCUUAGGGAACACAGUCUGUAGGCAUGGAUCCCUGAAAGAGGAUACUGAAAACUGCUUCCCGUGCAUUAAAAUUGUUUAAAAGUCGAUAAGGCAGACAGUGUUCUGCAACUUUGGACACGCGGCUCCGUGGGAAAUCUCAGAACGGAAGUUCACGGCGCUUCCGGCUGUUUUUCUGCAGCUCCUAACGUGGCCUGGGAUGGACUUUACCACAGGCUGUCCUGAAGUCACCUGGUUCCAAGAGUUCCAAAUUUUGAAUGGAGAGAACAGGAACGGCCUUCCUUUCAAACGCCCUUGAGCUUGAGCACACACAGAGACCUUCUCCGAAACUAUGAGCUAUUCUAGUGCCAUUCCCAGCCUCUGAAUUUCAAAUUCUUAAAACUUCAAAAAUGAAAACUUCACGUGAUUGGCUACAAGGUUAUCUUUUACCUUAAUUUGUCAUGAAGAAAUCCACCAAGUAUUCGUGCCAGCAAGUUUCUGUACUGUUGUAUAGUUUAAAAUGCAGGCGUAUAUACAUAGAUACACGAUAUUAUUAAAUUAUUAAAUAAGCUUAAUUUUAUAAAAUUUAAUUAUGUUUCUUUUGUCUGGGUAAGAGACAUUGAGCAAAUAUAUUUUCAGUUCAGAUAAAGGUUCUGUAGCUUACACCUCCCUUAAAAUAAUCUGAAGCAGCUCUUACGAGCAUUUCAUUCUGCUAUAAUAUUCAAUAAUUUAAAUUUUAUUAGUGUUAUUGGAAGAAAAUUCUAUUAGGCAAUGAGAGAAACCUGAGUUUCUUUUACGAAUUUCAGUAAUCUUCAAUAAUAGUCAAAUGAACAAAAAUAUAAUUACUACUUUUUGAAUUUUUAACAUUUGAGUGCCCUAAUAAAGGGCUAAAAAGAUCUGUUUCUUAUUUUAAAACACAGUUUUAGUGGCUGACUCUCCGAUACGUUUUAUGGAAAUUAGAUGCAUUUCUCUCACGUGAGAAAAAGUAUAUUAACUGAUAGUAUUUACUCUUUAAAAAAACUGAGCUCGUCAAACAUGAUGUCAUCAAAGACAGGUGGCUAAUUCCAUGUAUAUCGAGGCUACACGCGCUCUUUUUUUUUUUUUUGCGGUACGCGGGUCUCUCACUGUCGUGGCCUCUCCCGUUGCGGAGCACAGGCUCCGGACGCGCAGGCUCAGCGGCCAUGGCUCACGGGCCCAGCCGCUCCGCGGCAUGUGGGAUCUUCCCGGACCGGGGCACGAACCCGCGUCCCCUGCAUCGGCAGGCGGACUCUCAACCACUGCGCCACCAGGGAAGCCCCACGCGCUCUUUUUACUUAGAACAUUCAGUCCUCAGUCAUGGAUUUAUCUGUGCUACCCCUUAUUCUAAGUGGCCUCCAUGGAGCAAUUUUUAUAAACGAAUGUGUGCCCUUCACGUCAUCUAGUGUUUUAAUAUGAUAUAUUUAUGACAGGUAAUUUUCUGAAAUGUUUACUAAACAAAAUUCAAAGUUGAAAAACAGAUCUAUGUCCUAGAAAGCUGAAAGAACCUAUACCCCAUCUAUAGAGCAGGGUUUCUCCACCACAGCGCUGUUGAGAUUUGGGGCUGCACGUUUCCCUGUUCGAGGGGCCCACCCCCUGGGCGCUCAACGCAGGUCUCCACCCAGCAGUUGUCACGAGCACCUCCCCCAGGGGGUGACAGCCACAAGCUCUCUAGUCAUGGCCCGCGCCCUCUGGGGGGUAAGGUCACCCCCAGCUGAGAAUCACUGCUUCGUAAUGUUUACUGAACAGAUGAGAAUUCGCCCUGUAUGAGGAACCCAGUAAUUCGCAGGGGUAGGAACGGCUGGGAAGUGAUUACACUGGACUACAAAGCCCUUGAUUGUAUCUUUUAUCAACACUGAAAAAUCCGAUUAAAAGGCUGAAUUCGGACUUGUGUCUGUAUCACGUGAGUACAAAUAUUCAUUUUGUCCUACGAAUCGGUCAGUGUCAUUUGUGAUAACGGCUUAUCUACUUAAUGCCCUUUCUUACACCGUGUGCUGUGGAGUUCCUCAAGCUUACUCAUUCCUACGAUUGCAAAUAUCUCAAUCUUGUUACGCAAACUUUGACUCGUGACCAGAACACAAAGGCUAAACAUCUGUUGCAUGUACUUUAAGAUUCAUUUAAAAUAUAAAUGCAUAAAGAUGGCGACUCUUAUCUACGGUUUUGCAUGGCCAGACUGAGCUGCUUACCUCUACUGAACAUUUUAGCAAGUUAUACCAUUCACAGGGUGAUCAACAGAGGUCUGUAUGUAAAGCUGUUACGACUUUUUCUCGACUUAAUUAUAGUGUGCAGAUAACACAACGGCUACCUUCUCAUCCAAAUGGCCUGUAGAAAUCAUGUCCCUUAGAGAGGUCAUUUAAAGUCAAUAUUUAUUUAUGUAUGUAAUAAAAAAUGUUUGAUUUCUGUGUGUGUCUAUUAUGUUAUUUAGGGAGAAGUAAUCUUGUAAAAAAAAAACUUGUAAAAAACAAAAAAGCACUGUAAAUAGGCUGAUACCCCGUGACUCAUGAUUUUCAUGUUAGAGUUUGUACAUACUGAUUCCAUAAUAAAGGAUUUUUAAACCCG